AUGGUUGAAGGUUGGGUUGCGAUUGUGGAUGCAUGUGUGCAUAGAGAGAACAAUGUUGUGGUUGGUGGAGAUGGAGGGAACAAUUGUGUGGUGGUUGUUGGAAGUGCUUUAGUGCUGUGGAUGAGGAGGGGGAGAGGCUGGAGAAGAAAGGGUGUGCAAUGCUUGGUGGGGGCAAGAGGUGAUUGGAUGGUGAAGCAUGUAGACUGCUGCACGAUCAAAAUUCAUGAGCUGGAAUCUGUUACAACAAGAUAUAAAUUUCAGUCAAUGAUGCGAGCUCCAUUUCAUGGGUUUGCUUUUUGGUUUGAUGUUGAAUUCAAUGGUCCCCCUCUAUGUCCUACAAACAAUGGUGCACUGUUGUCACUUUUUGAGUCUUCCAAUGAUCAUCCUUCAAAUGGUAGCCAAAGAAAGAAGCGUGCCAAUCCCAAUGAAGCCCUCGUGCUUUCAACUGCACCUGAGGAUCCUCCAACACAUUGGCAACAGGUACCAUAA